ACAUCUUCCUGGGGAGGAGAAGCUGAGUAGAGCUUUGCACUCAGCGAACUUCAGUUUCCUUAUCGGCCCCGUGACAUCAUCUCUACCCUGGAAAUUCCACUCAUCCUCCUGCGUCCCCACCUCUUCUCCAGGCCCCAUUGUCCCUAUAAAGAGAGGUUCCCAACUCCAUACCAGCACAGAACACAGUCUGGGUUCUGAAGCUUCUGGGUUCUGCAGUCUCAGCUCCAGGAAAGCCUCUCCUCUGCCAAGACCAUGAAGCUCUGUGUGACCGUCCUUUCUCUCCUCAUGCUAGUGGCUGCCUUCUGCUCUCCAGCUCUCUCGGCACCAAUGGGUUCAGACCCUCCCACAGCCUGCUGCUUCUCCUAUACCCUGCGGAAGAUUCCUCGCAACUUCGUGGAAGAUUACUAUGAGACCAGCAGCCUCUGCUCCCAGCCAGCCGUGGUAUUCCAAACAAAAAAGGGCAGACAGAUCUGUGCCAACCCCAGUGAUCCCUGGGUCCAGGAGUACAUGGAUGACCUGGAGCUGAACUGAGCCACUCCAGGUACCGGAGCAGGAAGUCUCUCGGGAAGGUCACCUAAGCCCAGACACUUCUCAGAGAAAUGCACCUUCUCCACGUACAAGACUCCUCCCAGUAUUCCCUGCUUCUUCUCUUAAUUUAGUCUCUAUUAUCUGCUGUGUUACUGUACUGGUAUUAUUUCUAUUAUUUAUGUUUGUUUUGGUGAAGGACAUAUAUCCCCCAUGGGGAUGAUGUAUCACCAUUGUUUCUCUGCUAUUGUGGAUCCAUGGAUGAUGUAUUUGAUUCCAUGUGUUUAUUUUGAAACAAAGUUUUCAUAAUAAAACUUUUUAAAAAUGUA